AUGGCAAUCUUGGGGGAAGGAGGGGCAAGCACCGGUCCAAGAAGCAAUUCCAACUCCACAAACUUGUCAAAAAAUCGUGAUAUUGAAGAAAGAAAGAGAGGAAAACGAGAGAAGGUGGAAGGUUCAAUCCCCUGCCAACUCUGCCGCCAUGGAAACGUCUCCUACAAGAAGCUCACAACCACAAAACCGCUUCCCCAAACGUUGAAAUUCACCUCAUCCCUCUUAUGUUGCUCGUAUUCUUCAAUGGCGGAGACCGGUGAUAGAAUUGCAAUUGAAAAAUUCUUCAAUGGCGGAAGAUGCGAAGGAAGGCAGUCAAUGGUUCUUCGUUCCUCUCCCGUCGUCUGCAGCAAAGAAGAUCAAGGGGAAGAUCCCCCGGUGCUCAUCUUCGUCGGAUUAAGGAGGAGAAGCACGAUUGGAAUCAGAAAUCAGGAAGCACCUCCAGUGCUUCACCGAUUCGAAAGAGGAGGAAAAUAUCGAUUCCCGAUGAGCCUUCCUUGA